AUGACCGGCCUCUCUUCAUCGCCCAAACCCGCUCAGGCCGCUUCUCACUCCUUGCUUGCCGACCCCAGCCCGCCCAAUACCACCAAGGACGCAGUCCAUGCACCGAUGCAACAGAAAAUGACCGCGAUCCUGCCAUGCAAUGAUCUCGACGCAGCCCAGCGCUUCUUCGAGCGUCUCGGCUUCACGCUCAACGAUAGCAGCUGGGACGAGUACCGCAUGUUGAGUGACGGAUACGGGGGACACAUCCACCUUAGCCCUGCGGCCGAGGGCUGGCUGGUACCGGGCCGUAACCCAUUCGGGUUGUAUCUACAUCGUGAGGACGUUGAUGCCCUGGCCACCGAAUUCGCGAGCGAUAUCCUCGAGCGGGAAGGGGUCAGCGAUAAACCUUGGGGCAUGUAUGAGUUCUCUCUCAAUGGGCCAGAUCAGACGCUCGUGCGUGUGGGUUGGCCUAGCCGACUUCGACGAGGUGCCCAACAAGAUGUUAAGACCUAA